GUACAACCCACUUUCAACGAGUCAUACGAACGAAGGCCAUACUCUGAUGUGAAUCGACUUUAUUCAGAUAAUAAAGAUCUGGUGAACACCUGUUUCAGAAUGAAAAAGGGGGAAGUUUAGCAUGAUAAACUAAAUGACGUGAAUGUCAAAGAUGAAGUUCGGAUCUUUUGGUUACACUGUGGACUCCUGUCCCGGUAACAAGACAGAGUACACAACCUCGGCUACCAGACUGGGAUGUGGUGUGGAUGAGAAUGGGCGGAGUCAGUACGUCUGUGUUCCUAAUCACCAGAGAUCAAGUCUGGUGGAGUUCUGUUAUAAGUCAACAGUUGGAUUUUAUGAAAAGGGAAAUUGCAUCGAGGUUUAUGAAAGUGGGAACUUGGAUCAAACCAACUGUCUUAAUUUCACAGAUGGAUGUCCAGCUAACCAUUUCAUUCUUUCUGAUCUGUAUAAAUUCCCACAGUGUCACAGAAUAAAUCCUUUGGAAAGAUGCUUUUUUGCAGAACCUUCCUGUUCUAACAUCACGCAACACCCUAAUAAACCCUUGGAAAAUAGAACAUUACACACGGCGGCUGUAGCAGGAAUCACUAUAGGAGUUGUUGGUGUCAUUUUGGCUGUAGUUUUAGUGAUGAUAUACCUGUUGGUAAAAAGGAGACAAAAAGGCAGAAAAGAUCCAAGCAAAAUGGAAGAAACCAACGAAGAGUCACAGAAUUUAAUUGCAAUGAAUACUGAUCCAAGCAAAAUGGAAGGAACCAACGAAGAGUCAUAUAGUUCCAUUUCAAUGAAUACUGGUACGUUUAUUUAAGCACUAACACAUAGUGUAUACAAUUAUUCAAACUUUGCAUUCCAUUACUGAUUACA